GUUCUAUAAGUCAGCGUGUAUAGUAAACCAAAAACAAAUACACUUAAAACACACAAACACAAACGCAAAAAUACACACAGGCACACACAAAAAAAACGCACACGAAACCCACAGACAAAACUAACACAUUUAAAUACAUACAGGAACACAAACACAAACACAGACAAAACAAGCACACUUAAAACACACACAAACACAAACACAGACAAAAUAAGCACACUUAAAAAACUCAGGAACACAAGCACAGACAAAACAUAAACACAAACACAGACAAAACACAUACACAUAUCAAGCCAUUCCCUCAAGGUUAUUAGCUGCCUCGGAGCAGCAAACUACGUGAAUAUCUUGCAUUGUAUCUAUAGCCACCGCACAUUAAAUCGCUCCAGAACCCCACCCCCUCCUUAACCUUCCUUCCAUUGUAACAUUGGGCCAGAUUCUUAAACAUUUCGGCGACCAAGCACAUAUAUUUGACGCUUUCGUAGGAGUUUUGGGCAUUUCCAUGGGUAGUUUAUUGACCCUCGUGGUAGUUUGACCCUCCUUCUGUACCAUGAACCUACGAUAACACUCAUGAUAACCUGAUUAACCUCCUUUUCGGCCUCAGGAAAUAGUUGAUGUGAGAAGCGGUAGCGUCGGAGAAUACCAAUCUUUGACUCCUAAUACUAAUAAUAAUAUCAGCUCCGCGGGACUUCAGGACCAACUUAGUGUGAAUGACUAUAGUGUGGUUUGCACGUGCUCUUGUAUGGUUCCCUAGCCACUUAGUAACCACUAAAUACCACAACAUGAGCUUCUGUAUAUCUUGGAUGCAGGAAAAGAAGUAAAGAAAUCCGGUGAGUCAUGUGGUUUGGCGCUCUUAAUUAGAAGCAAUUACGUUGGACCGCAGACUGAGCGAAAACAAUGUUUCUCGCCAGAUUAUUUUUAAACAUCUUAGUAGUUUUAAUGUGUUGUGCGUGUUAGGUAUUGUGUAAUGUGGCUAGUGUUAUGUGGCGUCUUAAGGGGGUACGCGACACCUUGGGGGGGUGUUUUGGUCUAAAUAUAGCAUUUUGCAAAACUGGGUGAAAAACGUUCUUAUACCAUCUAGAAAUAAUCCCCGAGCAAUGUUUUCCUCGUAGCGCAUAUUUUAAAUGUCUGGCGCGGGUUUAAAUGGACCGAGUUAAAGGUAAAAUUUUAUCUUUUUUUUAUCGCAGAAAAUCUAAAAUCAAUCAGAUUUACGUGAAAAGUUCUGGAAAUGUUGAUUGUACAAGUAGCUAGGGACCCAUGAUUAGAUAGUGUUGAUAGGGAAAAGGAGAUAGGAGUAUUAAGAGGAAAGAGUGACACAAAACAAGAUUUUUCGCGAUGUUCGACGAACAUAAUAAAAGAAAUACCAUUCUGCCUAACUAUAUGGGAAACUUUCAGAAUAUUUCAAUAGGACUAUUCACAGCCAAAAAAUGAAAGUGAUUGGUUAUGUAUUAAUGGUGCUGUGUAAUUUUGUGUCGCUACACGUAUACGCACAUGUAUACGUAUAAGUAUACAUACAAGUAUACAUACAUUGUUCUGGGUCUUACAAAAUGUAGGCAACAUAGAUGCCUACUUACCUGUAAAGUUUCAUCGCAAUACCCCAGAUAGUUUAGUUAAAUGACCUCAGGUGUCCCGUUGUAAAAUCUCAAAUCCCAUGUUAAAUUCUUUAUGUUCUAAGUGUAUCUCUUCCCCUAUUUCCGGGCCGAUUUCUUUCAUUCAAAAAGCAUUUUAAUCAGGAAGAAUGGGUGAUUAACGUUUGCUAUCGUUUGGGUUUAUACAAUAGUAAGAAAUAUUUUUUAAAGUUCGAUGAAAUAAUUUCUUCUUUUGACAUAAUAAUUAUGAAUAUUUUUCAAAAAUCAAAAUCAACUUCAAACAAUAGUUUCGAUAGCAAACCCUAUUCCUUACACAUACUUUCAUAAGCUGCAGAAGGAGAUAUGUGUAUAACAAAAAGUGCAACGGAGGAGAAAUUUUAUAAAGUGCAAAAUCAUGGUUUUCAGACAUCAAGCGAUGAAGUUUAAAUGUUUUUUGUAUUAUACCUAUUCUAACUAGGGAUUUGAAAUCCACAGGAUAUAUACAUCAGGAUAUGAAGAAAAUGCAGACAUGGUUUCAUUAACUUACUUUCAUUGGAUGUGUACACAGGCUGCUUUGUUUACCCAUUGUUACGUCUUUUUUACUGGGUCACAAAUCCAUGUACUCGAAAUUGACCAUAUUUCAAAGUAAAAACCAGUCUUCUACUGUGUAAAAUCAAUAAAAUGUAAUUAAAAAGACAUCUGAGGGGGAUACAUAGAGUGUUUUGUUGGAUUUAUGAAAAACAUAUUAUGUAAAUCAAUUUUUCACGGAUACUAGGAGGAGGAGGUAGGAAGACACCUACCGAAACGGGCGCAAGCCACUCCCGGUGAGGUAUAUAUGGGAAGUGAGGAGGGUACUGAAGCCCUCCAAAGACCCUUCCCAUGUCCUCACUAACCGUUUCCCUAUUGUUUCAUCAACACCAGAGAGUAGUUCAGCAUGCUCUCUAAAGACAUAUCCUCUCUCUAUCCAUACUACACUACAUUCACACAACAUAUACACCUUUUCCCAAAAUUCAAAAUUCAAAAUGGCGCACCUUCACCCUGCCUCGGAGUCCCCGCCUGGGGGGGUGAUCACAAAUUUCCCCAGGGAAGACUCCCCUUCUGGCUGCCGACUUGAGAGGUGUCUUGAUAACUCCUCGAACCUCUUUCUUAUCAAUUUCUGUAACAUUCGCGGUCUUCGUUCUAAUUUUUCAUUCUUUGGAACACCAUCUCUCCUCCUCUAAACCUCACCUUCUCUUCCUUACCGAAAUACAGGUUUCUGAGGUUACUGACAGCAAUCUCUACCCUGUUCCCUCCUACUAUCUCUAUCCUAAAUUUCAAUCCAAAGCUGGAUGUUGCGCCUACGUGCGCAACGACAUCACCUGCUCUCAAACUACCGCCCUAUAGCUUUACUUUCCUGUCUAUCUAAAGCUUUUGAAUCAAUCCCUAAUCGGAAAAUUCAAAAGCACCUAUCCACUUCUGUCCUUCUAUCUGAUCGCCAGUAUGGGUUCCGCAAGGGGCGUUCUACUAGCGAUCUUCUUGCUCUCCUAACUGACUCUUGGUCAUCCUCGCUUAGCCGUUUCGGUGAAACUUUCUCAGUUGCGCUAGACAAAUCGAAAGCUUUUGAUAGAGUCUAGCACAAGUCUUUGCUUUCUAAACUACCCUCUUUCGGAUUCUAUCCCUCUCUGUUCCUUUAUCUCCAGUUUCCUUUCCGGCCGUUCUAUCUCUGCUGUGGUAGACGGUCACUGUUCUUCCCUUAAACCUAUCAACAGUGGUGUUUCACAGGGCUCUGUCCUAUCACCCACUCUCUUCCUGUUAUUCAUCAAUGAUCUUCUUUCCAUAACAAACUGUCCUAUCCACUCAUACGCUGAUGACUCCACUCUGCAUUAUUCAACUUCUUUCAACAGAAGACCCUCUCAACAGGAAUUACAAGACUCCAGACUGGAGGCUGCAAAACGCUUUACCUCAGACGUUGCAAUCAAUUCCGAUUGGGGUAAAAGGAACCUUGUGGCCUUCAAUGCCUCAAAAACCCAGUUUCUCCACCUAUCAACUCGACACAAUCUUCCAUACACCUAUCCCUUAUUCUUCGACAACACCCAACUGUCACCUUCUUCAACACUAAAUAUCCCCGGUCUAUCCUUAGCUCAGAAUCUCAACUUCCUCGAGGUUGGGCGUUGUCACGUAAACACUUUUGGCUGGACAGGAGGGAGAUUCCCACUUCCUCAGCCUUUCCCUUAAAAGUUUUGGGGCCGUUAAGACGGGGACGAGGAGGGGCGGAGAAGGCAGGUACGGGGAGAGUGAGGUGGAUAUGGACGAUGAAUUGGUAAAAAAAAUGAAAAGAUUAGAAAAACAGAGAGCUCAGCUCAGGUGUUCAUGUGACAACUGCCGUGACUGCACAGCCGCGGUGGCUGGACGAGAGCGUUUUCUAGGCAGGCACUGGUGGGAUGAGUGGCGCCAGAGUGGUGCUCAGCAGCAGCAAGCUCCCAUCGUCCAAUCAAGCAGCUCCCGCAGCUAUGGUGGACAACGACACAGAAGCAGCAUUGCUCUCCAAGCCUUCUAAGGAUGAGGCCUGCAAGGAAGAGGCACCAAAGAGCAUCUCGGCUAAACAUGUGGCGUUAGUGGUGGUGGUGGCCCUGACCUCCGUGACCCAGGGCACGGCGACCAAGGGCUGGACCGCCGUGCUGCCCAAGAUGCAAAACGACACUCAAACCUUCACGGUCACCGACGACGACGUGGCGUGGCUCGUGUCCAUGACGUCCAUCGUGGGCAUCUUCACCUCGCUGUGCACGGGGCCACUGGUGGAGUGGGCGGGGCCGCGGCGGGUCCUGACGGUGGCCAUGGCUGCCAGCACGGCCAUGUGGCUGCUUCUGGCCUUCCCGCCGAACAAGGCCGUGCUCUUCGUCGCCAGGGGGGGCCUCGGCGCAUGUGUCUUCAUCAUAACGACAAUUUCGUUGCCUCUCCUGGCAGAGCUGAGCCCCAGCAGGAUCCGGGGAGCCAUGACGGCCAUGUCGGAGGUUUGCGGGUCCAUUGGGUUACUUAUCGGGUACUUGAUGGCGUACCUCUUCACCUGGCAGGUGGCCACGGCGCUGUGCUCCCUCACCGCAGGACUGCUGCUGCUGCCGACGAUGCUGGUGCCGGAGUCUCCCUACUGGCUGGUGCGGCGCGGCAGGACGGAGGCGGCCAGGGGGUCGCUGCAGCGACUGAUGGGCUCUAAGGCCGCGGCGGAGGACGAGCUGUCGGCCAUCAGCAGCAUGCCCGCCGCCAGGCAGGCCUCACGAACCCAACAGUUCACGGAGCUGGCCAAGGGCCGCAACGCGCGGCCGGUGCUGCUGGUGCUGAGCUUCUUCGUGCUGCGGGAGCUGGGCGGCCGCAGCUGCAUCAUGAUGUACACGGUGUACAUUUUCCGCGAGGCGGGCGUGCAGCUGGACGCCUUCACGUGCACGGUGCUGGUGGGCGUCGCGCGCACCCUCUGCACCUGCCUGACGGCGGCGGUGCUGGACAAGACGGGGCGGCGACCGAUGCUCAUGGGCACCGCCGUGGUGGGCGGCGUGGCGCAGGGCGCGUGCGGCCUCUUCCUCUACCUGCAGGUGCCGGGGGCGUCGUGGGUGCCGCUCGCCGCCGUGCUCGUCUACGUGGCCGCCUACGGCACCGGCAUCGGCCCUAUCCCGUGGGUGUACGUGGGCGAAUUGGUGCCCUCCCCGGUGCGUUCCCUGGGCGCGUCGCUGAUCACGGCGUGCGACGCGGUGGUCGUCUUCUCCAUCAACCUCGGCUUCCUCAGGCUCAUCUCCCACAUCGGCCUCGGCGUCACCUUCAUCAUAUUUGGCGUCCUUAACAUCCUCAUUGGUGUGAUCGUGUGGCUGUUGGUUCCUGAGACAAAGGGUGUUCAUCUGCAGGAGCUGGAGCUCGCGUUUUCACGGCCCGAAGAAGCUGCCGAGGAAUCCGAGGAGCAAAGCAUGUUGGCCGCGGCUCCAGCCGAGGCGUGCAUGAAGGUCAACACCGGCACCCAAGACUGUUAAUAUGACUAGUCGUUACCUCUAUCACAUUAUUUAUGUGCAUAUACUAAAGACCUAUCAGACGCAUGUGUUCAUCAUCAUCAGAAAGUUAAUUUAAUCAGCUGUGGAACACUUGUGAGGAUCAUGGUUGCACCAUCAUGAGGAAGCUAGUUUACUGAGUCACAUCACUCACAGAGGAAUUUUAUGUAGUUGUGCUUGCAGAUCAUUUUCCGGGUGUCCUCCCCAACAAGCCCCGAGGUUGUUGGGCGCUCGUCACCAUUUUUGUGUGGAAGGGAAUGACUGUAUGGAUCUUGUUAUCGAGAUUCGCUAUCGUAAUUAUCCCAUUUCUGUAUAUAAAAACGUGCAUUUAUCGAGUCGUGUGUGUGUGUGUGUGUCUGGGUGUAUUUCACCUCUUGGUCUGCUGCGGGUCUCUUGAGACAACCAGCCGUUCCCCUACGGAAGAGCACAGAGCUCGUAGUAUCGAUCUUUGGGUAGGACUGAGACCACUCACACAACACACCGCGACAACGAGGUCACAACUCCUUGCCUGCCGUCGCGUACCUACUCACUGCUAGGUUAACAGGGGCUACACGUGAAAGAAGAUAAACCCAACUUAUCUUCAUCCGGCUUGGGAAUCAAACCCCGGUCCUUCUGGUUGUGAGCCAGACGCUCUACCCCUGAGCUACCGGGCCGUGUGUGUGUGUGUGUGUGUGUGUAACUUUCUAAGACAAAGAAUGCGGGUAUCAUGCUAAAGCUCAAUAACUGUGAUGGCGCCUUUUAUUAAUACCAUCCACACGCUUCAUUACUGUAUGCUUAUUGUGUCGGAAUCGGGAACCCUCGGGAGCCCGUGGUCUCAGAACAUCGGCUGCCGCUCGAUUUCUCAGCCCUGUGCCUUCCAUUUCAUUUAUAUAAACUUUUUAUCACCAUUCGCA